AGGCUGUGUUUGUGGAACAUUUUGCGUCUGUAUACACUUCUGCCGCGCACGAAGGGCUGUUCUUCAUCUUGCCGUGCACUGACAGCUUUAUUAACGUGGACAUGCGCACCAUCACCUUCGACAUCCCACCGCAAGAGGUUUUGACUAAAGACUCUGUGACAGUGAGCGUUGAUGGUGUGGUGUACUACCGCGUCCAGAAUGCUACACUGGCUGUGGCUAACAUCACCAACGCAGAUGCUGCUACGCGACUGCUGGCCCAGACCACCCUGAGGAACGUCCUGGGCACCAAGAACCUGGCAGAGAUCCUGUCUGACCGCGAGGAAAUUGCACACAGUAUGCAG